UGGACCAGGCUUAUAACAAACGGGAUAGAGUAGUGCGUGAGGUCUGCCCUAAGUCUGUGGGUCUGUUUCCAUGACAUCUUUUUAGUAAUUUCCCUUUGUAUUUUCUGCUGUUUGCAACCAAACCUAGUUGUCAUAACCAACCUCCUUAUACCAGACUCAAUCCCAAGAAUUUUGUUUGUCCAUCAUUAACAACUUUUAGUAACCAUAAUUGACUCCACUUUGUAUCUGGGGCCUUGAGAGGUUGAACCUUAGUCAAGGUUAAACAGCUAAUUGUGGCGGGCCAAGAUUCAAAUCAAAGCCAUAGGAAUUCCCCUCUACUCACCCUUAAGCACCUUAUAAGCAUUGCUUCGUUAAAGCACUAGCCCUGUUUUGCAGCCGGGAAGCUAAGACCAGAAGAGGUCAUAGGCAGUGAGCAGUGGCCAAAGUCUCCUGGGAGUUCCAGGGGAAGAGCAGAGUGAGGUCACUUGUGAGCUCACAAUACUAUUACCCUGAUGGGGCGGGGUCAAACUGGGGCCCCUGGCUAGAGGGCAGGGCUGAGGCAGCAUGGGCAGUGGCUUCUAGUGACCAGUCCUAUCAUGGGAAACAGCGGUUCCCACAAGAGGACCAAAGCACCCAAUCAGGCCAGCAAGGACAGGCCACCUGACAUGGACAAGGCCCGUCACAAGCAGUUCUUCAGCCACCUCAAGCGGAAGAAGCCAAGUUGGCGAGAGGCUCCUGACCCUGCCCGGGUGGGUGAGAACCCCCGCAUCAAGGCUGGGAAAACCAAGAUCGUGCUGCUUUUCCCGCUGGACAAGCGGCAGCAGCUGGCCGAGGCAGCGGCGGGCCCAUUUGUGCGGCCCGUGCGGCCCGCUGAGGACCCGCUCGGCGCCCCGACGUGCUUCCCAGCCACGGUGGCGCCUAUGCUACGUGGGGCAGGCGACGGCGUGGACAGGCGCGAAGGUGCGCGCGCGAGAGAGAUGAAAAGGAUCCUGGUGCUGCUGCUGCAGCUGGACGCGAGGCUGCAGGAGGAGGGGCGUCGAGUGGCAGGCAGGCCGGGGGGCGGGGCCAAGGCCCAGCAGUACUGGCAGCCGCUGUAUGCGCACCUGCUGACCCAACGCGAGGCCUGCGGCGAAGGCGACCCCCGCGAGGAGCAGCCGCGCAAGCGGCGCCGCUGUCCUCGCCCGCGGCCCUGAGUGUCUGGCACGACCCCUAACGCCAGGACUCUGCUCAAUAAAGAGCACAUAGCAACCCUGGCGUCUGCUACUUCUGUCCCUGCUGUCGGUCCCAGGGUCAAAA